CACUUGCACACUGAAGAAUGCAACGUCUUGAUUAACUUGCUUAAGGAAUGUCACAAAAACGACUGACUUCCAAUCAUAUAAUCAUCUUUUGAGUCUCCUCAGAACCGUCUCCAAGGUCUCCUCAUCCCUUUUAAGUUGUGGAACAUUUAAGCACCAACUCCAUGCAAGUAACCUGAACGGUUCAGUCUUUUUGUCAUGUAUGUGGCCUUUGGUUCUCCAACUACAUGGGAUCUGUGUUGUUAGCUCUCCGCUGCCGCCUCCCCCGCCGGUCUCCCCAAACACGGCCCGGAACCGGGCGCAGGUUGGUGUCCAUGGCGGCCGAGACCUGCAGCGCCGCGUUGAAGCCCGGGCCCACCCGGAGCAGGGCCGGCCCUGAAGAGGCUGAGGACGAUGACGAGGAGGACAACGAGGAGGCCGCUGAGGCGGCGGCCGCUCCCCCUGGAACCCCAGCCCCGCUGCUUCCCGCCGCCGCCGCGGCCGCCACAGCCGGUUGGGGGAGGGGGGCGCCCCGGGGCCGCCACCGCCGACUGCGGUCCCGGGGGUAGGCAGCAGGGCCGGGACGCGUUGCCGCGGGGCGCCCCCUAGGCACCGGCGCCGCCCGCUGCCGCCGCCCCCGGUGGUCCCGGGUCGGGCAGGGAAGCGCCACCGACAGCUGUGCGCCAUGUUCGCCCGUGAAGUGCUAUUUGGAAAUCGUUUGUACUGUUCUUGCAACUUUUCUUCAAGUUUGAAAUUGACAAAUGUUUUUAAAGACAUCUGCUGUCAUCAAGAAAUAUUUUACUUAACUGAUCUCUCUGAAGACUUGCACUUUUUAAGUGUUAAAUUGAGCCCAGGAGUUUGAGCGUAUAGUGAGCUAUGAUGUCACUGUGGCACUUCAUCCUGGGCAACGGAGCGAGACCGUGUCUCUCAACAGCAACACCACCACCACCUAGUGACUUAAAACAACCAUAAUUCUGCAGGUCUAGAUCUUGGGGGAAAAGUUAAUUAAAAGUUUAUGGGGAGGAUGUCUGACUCUGUCACCCAGUCUCGAGUGCAGUUGCACAAUCAAAGUUUAC